AAUCUGUAAUCGCAUGUUACAUUGGUAAACAGCGCUGGGUUCCAUGCUUUCCGAAAUGCCAGUGUUAUUUAUGCUUUUGCUCUAAAGCGUAACUGAUCGCUGCACAGCUUACAUUUAAUAUAGUAAUGUUUUCUAAUGGUGUUCUCCAGUACGUUAUAGCAUAUAUAUAAAGCAUGCUGGAUGAAUUGUGCUGAACUCUGCACUGACCUUAAUCUGAAAACUCCAUAACAGCAGAGCAGCUGUAGGCUCUAAAUUCAGAUGGAGUAUUUCCUAGUUUAUGGAUGGCUGAUAGAGAGAGAGAGCUUGCAAGGGGGUUCCUUCUUCGGUGUAAGGUAGCAACAAGACUAGUGUAUUUAGACAUGCACACGAGCUGACUUGUUGCCCCAAAAAUGACAGGAAUGUUUCUAAGUUUGAGUUGAUCUUUGAGUUUGAGAGUGUGGUUCUGCUGUACAGGUGAAUAUAAUAGAAAUGCAUUCCUCUGAACUUGUUUUGUAAUUCUCAGGAAUUUCUACAUUGUUUACUAGAAAUCUUAAAGGAUUCAUGCCAAAGAGGUAUAUAUAAUAAGUGGAGAAAACUGUCCAUUAGCUUUCCCAUGUCAAUGGCAGUUGCUUGGCUGGAAAUAUGCAGUGUUUUGAGCCAAUCAGCUGAGUCGUAAAUACCAUGUGACUAAUGACUGUAGAGUGUCAUGUCAAUGCUGAUGGGACCAUAAGAACGCACACAGUCCCAAAACCUUCACUGAGCGACUUUCCUGAACUGUGAUGUGAAAGACGACACACGAUCAGACAAGACAUGGAUGGAUACCUGCCGCCUCAGUUUCACGUGUUAUCAGACCAUAAGAAGUUUUGUCAAGACAAUUCCCUGACGAUGGACCAAGGCGCGCCAUACAGCAUAAACAUGAAUGUUUUCUUACCUGACGUCACCUAUCUACGAACCGGCAUGUGCAGACCCGUUCGCUCCGCAACGACACAGAUAAAGACGGAACCGGUGCAUUCGUCUUUCAACUACUCCAGCUGCCACGGCUCCGCUGCGCCCGCCAUGACGCACACAGAGUACACGAACCUCUACAGCCCAGCUGCGGAAACGGGUAACAAUGUUUACAUCAAGCACGAGACGCCGUCCCUCGAAUUCCCAGAAGUUCCGCUGUUUCAGCUGUUGAAUUCGGAGCUUGAGCCCAAUGUGCCUGGAGGCCACUCUUGCACAGAUUCCCACAAUGCCGCAUGCCCUCCGAUGUCGACUUAUAAUGGUAUUCACCCACCGCCCAAUCAUGUUGCAGAAAGAUCUCUUUGUAAUAUGGGCAGCAGUGGAUAUUCUCUACCUGCCCAGUUUGGUCAGCAUCCUCAGAAGAGGGCGGCCUAUCUACCACCCUCCCCUCCCAACUCAGAACCGGGCAGUCCAGACAGGAGGAAAGAACUCAUACAGAACUUAUCGCCACCUCCGUCGUAUGCUGCCAGCAUGGCAUCUAAAAUGGCGUGUCUUACCCCUGGACCAGCACUUUCUGUUCAAACACAAGCAGUACCUGCCCAAUACAACCGCAGGAACAAUCCCGAUCUAGACAAAAGGAGGAUACAUCACUGCGAUGUACCCGGAUGUAAGAAGGUCUACACCAAGUCUUCACAUUUGAAGGCCCAUUUACGUACUCACACAGGCGAAAAGCCAUACAAGUGCUCAUGGGAGGGGUGCGACUGGCGCUUCGCCCGUUCUGACGAGCUAACGCGCCACUUCAGGAAGCACACGGGGGCCAAACCUUUCCAGUGCGCCGUAUGUAGCCGUUGCUUCUCCCGAUCGGACCACCUGGCCCUCCACAUGAAAAGACACCAGAACUAGAGCCGCCCGCUCUCAUUGUUCUGACGGUGCCACGGGAGGGCUAUCAGGACCUCUGUUGAUGAUACUAAUUAGGAUUUGGGUGUGUUGGUUAAUCUUGGGUUUUGGCAGUUCAUCAGGUACAACAGGACCAAACCCUGCCGUCGGUACGGCUCCUGUGGUCACAAAACCAGCUAAUUGAUGAGAACUUGGCUCAUUUGCCAGAUGGGACAUUCUUUUGACAUGUUUGUUUGUUUCUUCGUUUGUCUGCAUACUUUGAGGUCAUAAUUUAUGACAUAACUACUUUUAAUGUGCCUUUUUUACCUUGUAGAAUUGAGGUGCCAUGUAAAAUAUACAAUGUGCAAGAUGUUGUGGGCAGUUUUACUCCACUAUAAAGGAAUAUUCUAGGUUUAAUAAUAAGCUAAGCUUAAUCGACAUCGUUUGUGGCAUAAUGUUGAUUAACACAAAAAUAGUUACAAUUUGUUCCUUGUUUACUUAAAAAAUAUAUAAAAAAUCAAGUUUACGCUGAAGCACUUAUAAUAGAAGUGAAUGGGGCCAAUUUGAAAUCUGAAGCUUAUAAUUUUAUAAAAGCACUUACAUUAAUUCUUCUGUUAAAAUUUGUGAAUUAUUUGAGCUGUAAAAUUUUUAUGGUCGUUUUAGGGUUCUUGAAGUUGCGUUGACAUGGUAACAAAGUUACCUAAAAUCACACUAAAAUCAUGUUAAAACAUUCUUUACGUCUUGUGGCUAUACAAUUGAAACACUGAGAAUUUUAACAUUUACAAAUUGGCCCCAUUGAAAUUGAGUAUUCUGGUCUCACUAGUUCUGUCACCCGAGCUUAACUUUUAUUGAACCCAUAAUAUUCCUGUAAGUGACUACUCGUACUUGUAUCACAAGGUAAAUAAUAUCAAGAUAGAGUCGUAUUUUUGGUUGUAGAACCAAACCGCAGAACAGUCAUGAGAAUGUGAGCCACGAACGCUGAGUCACAAUGCAUUAAGGUCUCUUAGAAGCAGCACUUGAUAAGAAACAGUGCUUCAGAAAUUUGCCGGGUAAUUAGAAAAUUAAAUGUAGCUUCAGAACACCAAAGAGUUGGAUUCAGUCCAAACUAUGAUAUGUGUCGAAGAGGAUUCGCUUUACGUCGGCAAAAUGUUUGAAAGAGCACAAUCUGAAGAUUGAUUGAACUCCUUUAUGUUAAUUCCUGUGUUUUACUGAAAUGCAAUAAGUGGUACAAAUGCUGUAUUUUUCCUGGCAAGAGGACAGGUUGGAUAUCGAUUACUUCCAUAGUUGUUUAUUUUUCCUUACUAUGCAUUUGUUUGGGAUAAAUGAUAGCUUUAAAUGUACAUAUGACGUGUAUUUAUUUUGCACAGAUUUUUUUUUCAUUUCUAUUUUAUAAAAUGUAACUCAACAAUCACAUGAAAUGUGCAACGGGUUACUGGGAAGUGGUUUUAAAAAUCGAACUAAUAGUGCUCUAAAUGGCUGCAUUAUGUGGAACAAUGUGGCAGAUGAUUGUUUACGUUAGUUAGUUUGGCUUUUGGUGUGUUACAUCUGUAUGUGUGGCCUCAUAAAACCUCUUAUUUUCCAUUACAGUGAUACAAAUAUUUUCCGCCUUAUUUUUCAGAGAUUGUAAAUGCAUAACAGAAGGGACUCAUUACAGAUGACAAGCUGACAUUGUUAUUGAGAUGGAAGUAAAGUAGACCGAGGACUUAUUGAGUUUGUUUUUAUCUGAGUUAAUGUCAUACGAGAAUCCACAUUGUUUAUAUGUGUUAAAGAGAGUGGAAUUGCUCUAUUCAAGAUUUGUAACUAGAAGUUCUUCAUUUUGUGACCAAAACUGAAAGAGAAAAACUCUUAAUUGCUGUAAUUAAAGGUUCAGACUGCUUACGAUUAAAAUGUUAAACACUC